UCCGAGCGCAGCCAAAUGACAUCAUGUCCGGGGUGAUAUGGUCACAUUUCCUUUAGAGUAAGGCAAGGCUUUUUACUGACACUUCACGUUUGUUUAAGGCUGCGGUAUAUUUUGCGGCUUGCCCAUCAUUUUUACCCAUAUAAGGGUUCAAAUCUAACCUCAUCAGCGGCAUAAUGGCAGAAGCGAUUCAGAAGAAAUUGCAGGCAGAACUGGAAAAAUACCAGCAGAUGCAAAAAGAUGUCAGUAAAAGCAUGUCAGCCAGGCAUAAACUUGAGACUCAGUUGACGGAGAACACCAUUGUUAAAGACGAAUUGGAUCUGCUGGACAGUGAAAACACAGUUUACAAGCUCAUUGGACCCGUGCUGGUAAAACAAGAUUUAGAUGAAGCCAAAGCAACAGUUGCCAAGAGGCUGGAGUACAUUAAUGGUGAAAUCCAGCGCUACGAAACGCUACUGAAAGAGAUGGAGCGGAAGUUGGAUCAGCACCGCGAGGUCCUUUCCAGCCUCCAGCAGGAGUACCAGCGGGCUCAGGGCCGGCCUGUUGGGAAAGUCUGAUGGACGGACUGGUGGAUACAGACUUUAAGAAAAAUGAACAGACCCCAUAUAGAAACAGUUCUGCUCCCCCAUUCAAACACAUGGACUGACUGACCUGCGUAAACCUACUCGCCCACCAUCCUGCACAGCAGUACAGGAUGUCCCAGUGGGAUUUUUUUGUUGCCCUUGUUGUUAUCAAUAAAAUUGUUUCAUUAUUUA